UGCCGUGCAAAUCUCUAGGAAACAGCAGGAAACUUACGCUCUAAGAAACAACAGAAGGAAGUCAACUAAACGCCUAAAUUUGACGUUAGUCAGCAAAACAAAAAAAAAAAUCCACCGUCACGUGCACAUCCAACGCUACCAGUUUCUAAUGCCUGCCUUCUUCUGUUUUUCCUCCUGCAACUGAAGCCCGGAGAAAAAAAAAAUGGCAGCAGAAAUGCCCGACUCCAUCUAUGACAUCACCGUCAAGGAUAUGAGCGGCAAUGAUGUGAGCCUCAGUACUUACAGUGGAAAGGUUCUUCUUAUGGUCAAUGUUGCUUCUAAAUGUGGGUUAACACACUCCAACUACAAAGAGAUGAAUGCUUUGUAUGAGAAGUACAAGAAUAAAGGUUUUGAGAUACUGGCAUUUCCAUGCAACCAGUUUGCUGGUCAGGAACCUGGAAACAAUGAAGAAAUUAAGGAGGUUGCGUGCACAAUGUUUAAAGCUGAGUUCCCCAUUUUUGAUAAGAUUGAAGUGAAUGGGAAGAACGCUGCACCCCUAUAUAAGUUCCUAAAAUCCCAGAAAGGUGGUAUUUUUGGAGAUGGCAUCAAAUGGAACUUCACCAAGUUUCUUGUUGCCAAAGAUGGCAAGGUCAUGGAGCGAUAUGCACCAACCACUUCACCAUUGAAAAUAGAGAAGGACAUCCAGAAGCUUUUGGAGUCUUAACAAAGUCAUCAACUUAUUUCUCUGGAUGCGAGUUUAAUGUCAGGUUCCAUAUGUUAGGUUUGAAUAAAAGGAUGAUGAUGUGUAUUUGAGGAUUUACUCCUUGUAGAAAACUACCUGAGCUUGGAUUGUUUUCCUGUCUGAAAAAAACAGUUAUAUUUAAUUUCUUUACUUGCUCUUUGGUAAAUCAGCAGACUUGGGUGAUGCUUUACUGAUCUGUUAAUAAGCAAACAGGCACCAUGGAAGACAAAUUUUUGUUAGCUUGUCAUCUGGAAAGUAGAGGGGCUUUAUCCUGCUCA